CGAAUCAUUUUGUCGUAAAUAAAAGCUUUAAACACGCCAUCUGUUGACACGACAUGCUUUCCAUUUUUAUCCCAGUAUUUGACCACCUUCAAUUUUUACAGAUAAAAUACCGCAGAAAAGAAAAUUGUUCAAUUAUACUGAGGAAGACGUGUUAAAACCGAUAGACGAGAUAAGAAAAGGCACAAAAAUUAGAGAAACAUGCCGAAACGAUAAUACUCGUCACUCUACAAUCUUAAAUAAAAUAAAUGAAAAGUAUCCUGUUCCACGAAAAAAUGGACCUGCCACUAUAUUGACCGAGCCAGAAGAAUCCAUGCUAAAAGCCUGGGUAUUAGCGAUAGUAAAAAAGGGAUUUCCAGUCAAUAAAAAAGUGAUAGCUGACUCUGUUAAUAAAAUUGUAUGUGAAGAUAAUCGAACAAAUCCAUUUAAAAAUAACACGCCAGGAAAAGCAUGGUUUUCCUCUUUUUUAAAACGACAUCCUGAAAUAGCUGCUUAUCUUACAAAAUCUGGACAUAUUUUAAAAACUAGGGUAAGAGAAAGUGCUUUGCGAUGGCAUACAGACUUAAAAGAAUACCUAAUUGCUGAAGGUGUAGCGUAUAUUUUAGAAGAUCCCGAAAGGAUUAUCAAUGCGUAUGAAUCAAUAUUCCAAACGAACUCUUAUUCAGAAGUGAUAUUAGGUUCGCAGAGAUUAAACAGAUACUAUAAAGGUACAGAUGAAGAGAAGGAAAACUUAACCGUAUUAGGAACUUUUACAGCAUCUGGUACUAUAUUACCACCCUUGAUUGUAUACCCUCGUAGUCGCAUGCCAUAUGAAAUAGAUAGACAAAUUAAUCAAGAAUGGGGCAUUGGUGAGUCGGAAACAGGACGGAUGACGUCAAAAAACGUCAGUGACUACAUAGCAAAUACUUUAAUCCCAAAGUUAAAAGAAAAUGGCACAAAAUUUCCGGUUUUGUUACUGGUAGAUGGUCAUAAAUCUUUCUUAAAUCAAGGAGUGUCUCAAGUGUGUGAAGACAAUGGUAUCAUUUUAUAUUCGUUCUGUCCAAAUUCCACACACAUUCAACCAGUAUAUGUGUCCGUUUUCCGACCAUUAGGGGAUUCUUGGGAGAGUGUUGUCAAAGACUGGAAGUUAAAGACUGGCUAUCAAUUCGUCACCAAAGCUGUAUUUGCAAUCUUUUUGGAGGCCACAUUCAAUGGUGUCUCAAAAGAAGUAAUCUGCAAUGGUUUUCGAAAAUGUGGUUUGUAUCCGUUCGAUGCUAAUGUAAUUAGCCGUGAAUAAUGUGUAAUGGAAGAUAUUAUUUUGUUCUGUGAUUACUGAUAUAAUCAUAUUAGCAUAAAGCAAUUCGUGUUAAGGUUUUCUUCUAAUACUCCCUGCCCUUGUAUUUAUAACUAUGUUAUCCUCUGAAUCUCCAAUUAAAGCAAAGCAGAAAUGGCAUAAAAAGUCGCCUCCCUGUUUAAGUUAAAAAGCAAAGGAUAUAAAGAAUAUAUCCUUGUAAAGCAGUUUAUGUCAUGUCGAAAGAAAAUAACCAAGACAGGAAUGUGGUUCAGAUAAUAAUAUUCAAUAAAUAUUCACAUUUAUAAAAGAUUUAUAUAUUUAUUUGUUAAAAAAGUAUUCUGUAAAAAAAUAUGUAUUUUGACUAGAAUUUUGUAUUUUGACUAGAAUUAUACAAUGUGGAAUAAAUAAAAUCAAGUUAUACAUUGCAUAUUAAAAUGAAGUCUUUGACUGCCAAUAGAAAACUGUUGAAGGCAAAUCCUCCGCUAACGUCUGUCACCGGUGCCGGUGAUUCCCGUGGCGUUUAAAGUAAUAAAAAAGAUCAGUUUACUACAACCAUAUCUAAUGUGCAUGUUAAUAAUGUUUUGACUAAAAUUAGACUUUAAAGCCUUUAAGGUACAGUAUAAACUUUACUGACACCGUUCUUGAUUUCAGAUGUCUCGGACUACAAGUUUAUUCAGACGAUUCAUGGGAAAACGUUGUUGAUGGUCAAUGGAUACACAUACACAGAAAACAACAGAGCAAAAAAUACAUACUACUGUUCCAGAAAGUACAAAAGUUGUAAGUCAAGCAUAAAGUUUGAUGAUAAUGGAAAAAUUACCAGUGUGCGACUGGACCAUAACCACUGUCCUCCAAUUUACAAGCCAACCCAUAAUGGACUAUAUUUCAAAUGCAGCACUGAUCAGAAUCCUUCGAUGUAUACUGAUAUACCGGUGCACUCGAUUUUUGGUCGUAGAGAAACUUCUGGACAACCAAUACAUAAGAGACUAUCUUAGGAUUUUAUACUUGUAUUUUUGUUUUUAUAAAAAGUCUAGCUAUAGAUUAAUUUUGUAGAGGGACGAUAUCCACUAGGAGUCGGCGGUCACUGCUGGCAUGACAUGGCAUCUCGUGGUAUCCCGUGGCAUACCGUGGCGUUCUUCUGAACUUGUACAAUACAAGUUACAACCUUAUUUCAACUAUCAAAGUAAUCAUAAUUCCUCGACACAAGGUGACUCAUUCAUCGCGCUGGAUGCAAUGGCGUGCAGCGACAACACGUAGAAUGAAACGGCAAGCCAAUCAUGGUGUCGAAAUAAAGUAACAUGCACUCUAAACUCAUUGAAAUAAAAUUCAAAGCAAUUUGAUUAGUGAUUUUGCCAUGCCAUACCAUGCCAUAUGCCAUGCCAUGUCAAACCGUACUGUGCCGGCAGAGAGCGUCACUGAUGUGAACAGAUAUAAUAAAAUAAUAUUUAGUAACUAUUUUAAAUCUAAUUAACUAAAUGAAAAGUUAUUUAGAGGUCAAUAUCCUUAGCUUAAAAUUUAAAGUUAUUUAUAAUAAUAAUUUGUAACUUAUAAAUAAAUACAGUGUUAUUAAAAUUUUGUUAAUAAGAUGUAAUCUUAAAAUAUAAUAAGUUUUGACAAAGGUAACAUAUUUUAGACUUUAUAAUAAUAAUAAUAAGGGCAACUACUUACAUUCUAAGAAUACGAAAUACUAAAUUGAUUAGUUUGACUGUGGUCACGAAAACAAAAAAUCAUGUUUAAAAUAAGUAAGUUAUUAUAAUGAGUUACUUAAUGCCGUACCGAGAAAAAUUUUAUGAUUACUUAAAAUAACUAUUCCUUAAUAACGAUUUUUUUCCGCUAUGGACUAGGUUAAGUAACCAUUAAAUGACUGCAGUUAUUUACUUAUCCAUGUUAGUACUCGUGAUUAAGUUAGUUAUGACUAUUUGAGAAUAUUUGUUAAGUAGGUACAUUCUUAUUACCUAUAUAUAAAAAGAUAUAAUAAGUAUCAACGAAAUCUUCCCGAGCAACUUAUUUAAUUUUUAUUAGCUAUAGAUAAUAACUGAAUCUAACUAUUAAUAACUUUCGUUAAUAAACAGCUGAGAGCUGUUAGGUUUAACUAACAUCAUUUAUAGAAUAUAUUUAUUGAACAUUACCAAUAAUAUGUUUAUUAUUUUUACCUAAACCCAAACUCAAGUAUUAUAUUUUUGUGUUCUAUAACGUUUGCGAACAAUUUGCUGGUCAAUUUACCAAUGAAUAAACAGGCAAGUACAAAAAUAUGUGUCACCCCCAUACACCUUACCUGUAUUUAAAAAUAAACACCUGUUAAAAAUUCAGGUAUCUAUCCAAUUCAAUUUACAGCGCAGCCAGUCGCUGAACCAUGUCAAAACAAUGAAUCGUAGAAAACAAAUUAGAGUUUGUUUUGGUGAGAUUUGAAACCCAAAAAAACACGCGUUAAUUUAAUUUGAAUCUCAUUCUCUUUGCAGAUGCAAUUGAAGGGCAAACGUAUGAAAUGAUCCCGACAAACAAGGGCAAAUUUUUACUAAUGUUUCGAGGGUAUACUUACUAUCAACAGAAUCGUUCCAGCAAUUAUUAUUGUUCUAAAAAACACACUGGGUGUCAAGCUCGGGUCAAGUUGGACUCCAAUGGGAAGAUAUUAAGUACAGCCUUUACUACACAUAUGCACCCUGCACCGCAGUAUGUGAUCUUAAACGGAUGCUAUGUUAAAGUGUAACGUGAAUAAAAGCUCAAAUUUAAAAUGUUUAGUUUCAUUUAAAUACCUCAAAUAUGAAAUUGAUUUCAUUCACACGCCUAUUCAUAAACAAAGUAAUUUUAAAACAUUCCAAAAAUAAAUCAUAGCUGACUUGAAUUCGAAGUUCAGGGUAUUUUUUUUUCUUUUAAUACACUAAAAAAACAUUUAAUUUUUAUUUUAUUUUUUUGUAAUUUUCGUGAGACAUACUAAAUUAAUUAUUAUGUUAUCGGCUUACUCACGUAACUGUUUGACGAAGAACUUGACUAGUUGCAAUAGAUAGACGUUCUCAAGUCAUGUACUAGUAACAUGAUUAGCUCAAGAAAAAGAUCUAUAAUUGAAUCAAUUAAAAUUUAUUCUCAUUGCAGGUGCAAUUGAAGGCCAAUCGUAUGAAAUGAUCCCGACAAGGAAGGGCAAAUUUUUACUAAUGUUUCAAGGUUAUACUUACUCUCAACAGAGUCAAUCUCGUAACUAUUAUUGUUCUAAAAAACACACUGGGUGUCAAGCUCGGCUCAAGUUGGACUCCAAUGGGAAGUUAAUAAGUACAGCUUUCACUACACACUUGCACCCUGCACCGAAGUGCAAUUGAAGAGCAAACGUAUGAAAUGAUCCCGACAAACAAGGGCAAAUGUUUACUAAUGUUUCGAGGGUAUACAUACUGCCAACAGAAUCGUUCCAGCAAUUAUUAUUGUUCUAAAAACUACACAGGAUGUAAAGCUCGGCUCAAGUUGGAUACCAAUGGGAAGAUAAUAAGUACAGCUUAUACUACACACAUGCAUCCUGCACCGAAGUAUGUGAUUUCAAAUGGAUGUUAUAUUAAAGUGUAAUGUGAAUAAAAUGUCAAAUUAAAACUUGAGUUUCAUUUAAAUACCUCAAAUAUGAAAUUGAUUUCAUUCACACGUCUAUUCAUAAACGAAGUAAUUUUUAGUCAUACUAAAAAUUUAUCAUAGCUUACUUGAAUUCGAAGUUCAGUGUAUUUUUUUUUCUUUUAAUUAUACACAAAGAAAACUUUUAAUUUUAUUGUAAUUUUGGUGAGACAUACUUAAUUAAUUAUUAUGGUAUCGGCUUACUCACGUAACUGUUUGACGAAGGUUUCGACUAGUUUCAAUAGAUAGUCAGUCGUUCUCAAGUCAUGUACCAGUAACAUGAUUAGCCCAAGAAAAAGAUCUCCUAAAAUCGAACCAAUUCCAUAAUAAAACAGUUCAAAUUAAAGUUUAUUCUCAUUGCAGGUUCAAUUGAAGGUCAAUCGUAUGAAAUGAUCCCGACAAAGAAGGGCAAAUUUUUACUUAUGUUUCAAGGUUAUACUUACUCUCAACAGAAUCAAUCUCGUAACUAUUAUUGUUCUAAAAAAGACGUUGGAUGUAAAGCUCGCCUCAAGUUGGAUUCCAAUGGGAAGAUAAUAAGUACAGCUUAUACUACACACAUGCACCCUGCACCGAAAUAUGUGUUCUCAAAUGGACGCUAUGUUAAAGUGUAAUGUGAAUAAAAGGUCAAAUUAAAUCUUGAAUUUCAUUUAAAUAUCUCAAAAAUGAAAUUGGUUGUAUUAGAAAGAAUUUAAGGAAGGGAGUCAGUGUUUUAAAUCACAGUCUAUUCGUAAACACAGUGGUUUUUAGACUGUAAAAAUAAAUCAUAGCCGACAUUAGUUCGAAAUCAGACGGUGUUUUUUUUUUCUUUUAAUUCCUUCUAAUUCCUAUAUAAUAUAGAAGGAAAACUUUUCUUGAAGCUCACCUUCUAAACCGCGAACUGAACUACUGAACUUGAAAGAAAUCAAUCCCUAAAAAAUCCCACCGUAGUUUUUUCCGUACAUUAUUAGGAAAUAUGGUUAUAUGGAAUCUUGACGGCUUAAAAAAAUUAUUAUAGAUAGACGUGCUGAAGUCAAUUACUAGUGACAUAUAAACAUGAUCAUCUCAAGAAAAAGAUCUCUUAAAAUCAAACCAAUUCCAGAAAAAACUGGUCAAAUUAAAAUUUAUUCUCAUUGCAGGUUCAAUUGAAGAGCAAACGUAUGAAAUGAUCCCGACAAAGAAGGGCAAAUUUUUACUAAUGUUUCGAGGGUAUACUUACUAUCAACAGAAUCGUUCCAGUCACUAUUAUUGUUCUAAAAAAAAAUCUGGAUGUGAAGCUCGCGUCAAGUUGGAUUCCAAUGGGAAGAUAAUGAGUACAGCUUUCGCUAAACACUUGCAUCCUGCACCGCAGUAUGUGAUCUCAAAUGGACGUUAUAUUAAAGUGUAAUGUGAAUAAAAGGUCAAAAUCAAAAUUUAACCUUCAUUGAAAUCAUCAAUCGCCAAGAGACGUCCACUGCUGAACAAAGGCCUCCUCCUUAGUCCUCCGUGUAGAACGACAAGCCACCACCUGCUCCAACGGCUCCUUGCCAAUUUGAUGGAAUACCUCAAAAAUGAAAUUGGUUGUAUUAUAAAGUAUUUAAAAAAGGGAAUCAGUGUUUUCAUUUACACGUCUAUUCGUAAACAAAGCAAUUUUUACAUUGUAAAAAUAAAUUAUAAGUAGCUGAAAUUAGUUUGAAAUCA